UCCUGUGUUCAUAUGAUACCUGAGUGAGUCAACAAAAUCAAUGUGGUCCCCCUGGGGGUCAAGGACCCCAUGGGCACAAUCUGGCCAUGAUAACUACAAGGUUUAAAUAGCUGAUUAGCCUAAUUUACCUAACAUGGGCUAGUAGUUGAUCAACUGGACAUUUCUGACAGGUUAUAUACUGUAGUUUACAAAGACUGUUGUUUAACAUUCUGUUAUCAAUGUUCUCUCUCACCAUUCUCCAUGGUCAACAUAACUUUGGUGAUAUUUUGCCUAAAGCUAUGGAGGACAGUAUCAGUGUGUCUUCUGACUGAGGUCUCUUACAUGGACAGCUUGGCACAGAAAAUAAAAUGUAAUUUCCCAAAUUGCUCGAAACCCAUGUAGACAGAUUUAAUUCACCACGCUAUAGCACAUGUUUACCAUUAUACCAGCAUGGUCUCAUAGAUUAAACGUAAUAUAGUAAACGUAAAUCCAGGAAACUGACAUUAGUAUUAUAUGUUACAUUUGGUAAGGUUACAUAAGACAGAAGCUUACUUAAGGCAAAAAUGAUAUAUAACGCAAACGUCUAGCAUCCCAAAGGUUGCAUGUUCAAAUCUCGUCAUGGACAACUUUAGCAUUUUAGUAUCCUGGGGAUGACAGUGCCCUGCGCUGCCGCAGCGCUUCACUAUUUCAGACCUGGAUGGUAUGGGUGGAGAGAGCAGCAAUGGAGAGAACCCUUGCAAUGGAGAGAUCCACAGUAAUGGAAAAAUGGAAGUGGAGCGACUCAUCAGCAAGAAACUCCAACUGAAGAGGAAAGCAGAGCACUUGAAGUUUGACCUGAUGAGGCAGUUUGACUCCCAGGUGUUGGAGUUCAUGGACAGUCUGAUAGAGGAAUCGGCCAGCCUGGAGCCUGCUCCUGUCCCUGCUGUCUUCUCCCCUCCUCUGUCCGAUAAAGAGAGGAGUAAGCUCAGGCAUCUCCAAGGGUCAUCCCAGGGCCAAGGCAAACAGUUUGUGUUCCGGAGGUCCUUGUUAGAUGAGCUGUUUGAAGUGAACCACAUCCGGACCAUCUACCACAUGUUCAUUGCCCUGCUGAUCCUCUUCAUCCUCAGCACCCUGGUGGUUGACUUCAUCGAUGAAGGCAGAUUGGUGCUCGACUUUGACCUGCUGGUCUAUGUAUUUGGACAGUUCCCCCUGGUGGUGAUUACCUGGAUCUGCAUGUUCCUUUCAGUGCUGGUGGUGCCCUACAGCCUGUUCCACACCUGGGCCUCUCACUACCAUGAGUCCCGCCAUGGGACCCUGUGGUCUCUUCUACUGGGCGCUCUCUUCCUGCUCUAUCAGGGCCUGGGCCUAGGCUUCCUGCCUACCUUUGUGGUGGUGAAGAACAGCUUUCCCCCUGCAUCCUGCUUCAUCAUCAUCCUGGAACAGGUGCGCUUGAUGAUGAAGGCACACUCCUAUAUCAGGGAGAAUGUCCCCAAAGUUCUGGCUUUGGCAAAAGACAAAUCCAGCUCCUCCCCAGUCUCUCCACUCAUCCCACAGCUGAGCCACUAUAUCUACUUCCUCUUUGCUCCCACCCUUAUUUACAGAGAUAAAUAUCCCAGGAAUCCCACCAUCAGGUGGAGUUAUGUGGCCUCUAAGUUAUUACAGGUUCUAGGAUGUCUCUUCUAUGCCUACUAUGUGUUUGUGCGCCUCUGCAUCCCACAGUUCCGCAGCAUCAGCCAGCAACUGUUUGACCUGCGGGCCAUGGUCCUGUGUGUGUUCAACUCUAUCCUGCCAGGAGUUCUGGUUCUCUUCUUGGCCUUUUUUGCCUUCCUGCACUGCUGGCUCAAUGCCUUUGCUGAGAUGCUGCGGUUUGCUGACAGGAUGUUUUACAAGGAUUGGUGGAACUCCACAUCCUUUGCCAAUUACUACCGCACCUGGAAUGUGGUGGUACACGACUGGCUGUAUUACUAUGUGUACUGUGACUUCCUAUGGAUGUCGAAGAAGAGAUUUCGGGCGGCAGGCAUGUUAUUGGUCUUCACUAUGUCUGCAGUAGUGCAUGAGUACAUCUUGGCGAUCUGCUUCGGCUUCUUCUACCCAGUCCUCUUCUGUCUCUUCAUGUGCUUCGGAAUGAUGUUUAACUUCAUUCUUCAUGACCGGAGAAAAGGCCCAAUUUGGAACGUGAUCAUGUGGACUGCUCUGUUCCUCGGUCAGGGGGUCAUCAUCUGCCUCUACUCUCAGGAGUGGUAUGCACAGCGCUACUGCCCCCUUCAGGAGCCCUCUUUCCUAGAGCUGCUGAAGCCGCGUUCCUGGAGCUGUCACCUCCAGACCAACCCAGCAGUCGACUCUUGAGGGGCUGUGACUGACAUCACAUUGAACUACUGAACCGACAACACUCGCCAAUCUAUUGAAUGUGUUUAGGAAGAGCACAACCUCCUGUUUCUUUCAAGCCUUUUUACUUUUUGUUUUACUUAAUUUUUUUUCUGUUACACUAGUCUGACUGAUAUUGAGAGACUGCGUUAUUCAUUUGAAAGAGCAUGGAGUGAGUGAGACAUAUAAUGGCCUCUGUCAUUCACAAAGAUGCCUUAUUUAUCCUUUUAGUUUCAUGACAAACCCAUUGGAAAUCAGGGUAACAUAGAGCACAGAAAUGUGAACCAUAUAUAUAUAUAUUAUUAUUUUUUAUUUAUAAAUUUUAUUUCCAGCCUGGAUACAAUUACCAUGUUCUUUCAUUUGAAAUGCACUUUCAAUGCCAAUAUGGUAAAUUGUAAAAUUGCUGCUUUUCCCAAAAGUUAACCUCUUAGCAAACAUGCAGUUAUAUAUUUAGCAAAUAAUUUACUUUUACUUUUUUUUUUUUUUUUUUAUGAACCCAGACAUUUCAAAUGUUCAGCCACUGUAUUUUGUGUCGUCUAGUCUCCAAGGGGUUUUAAGUCAUGUUGAUGGAGAUCAGCGUUGGGCUCAUUUCAGUUUGAAAUUAACUCCCAUUCAACUCAUGAGUUGAAAUUAGAGUUGAAUUGGCUGCACUCCACGGGAUGUAGAGUUUGUGUGACAGAAAGUAAUCCAAGGAAAUUUCACUCGUCAUACAACAUAAGUUUCAUUGAAUCUCACAGUUCCAGACACCAAAUAAUAACUUUUCUCUGGAAAUAAUGUUUAUAACUUUGGUGCUUAGAAUAGCCAAUUAUAUUUUUGCCAACCAUUUCAUUUGUUUGGCUUGUUUUUGAAGUCCUCAGGGUCAACUGCAGGGUUACACUAAUGCAUUCUGGGAAAUGUAUUUUCCUCAUUGAACAAAAUUUAUUCAAUUUAAUGAAAUACAAAAACUUUGAAUAUUCACUUACAGGUUGUUUCCCUUGAUCAUUCAGUUUGUCCUGAAAAAUCAAUUGUUUUAACAAUUCUAUAUGCAUGUAUAUAAUGACAUGUUUCAUGUCCAAUAUGUAUAUUUGUAUAGACCACCUAAUAUAGAAUAGAGGCAUUUGAAUUUCUCUGAACUCAAUUACAUUUCCUUUCAGUCAAGUUUGAAUUGCAAUUUUGUUUUCUGUUUACUAUUUAAAUUCAACAUUUAAAUUGGAAUUUGAGGCAUUCUCCAUUUCAAUUCUGAAGUGAGCCCGACCCUUAUGGAGAUGUUAGCUUAUUCAACAAAAUGGAGAUACGUUUGCUCUGUGUUUAGUGCUAUGAAUGUUUUGUCAGAUGUGAAGCCUUACACAAAGAUUCAUGUUAAUUAAGAAUAUGUAUUUAUUCAAAAGCAAUAUUGAAAGUGUUCCUAUACCAAUCAGAAAUUCCACACCUGACCUUGAGUUGGUGGAAACUGCACUGCUGUUGCACCUGGCUGCUCUGAUGUUGCCAUUCAUUAUCAGUAUGACUGAUGCAUGUAUUGUUUAUUUACUUGAUUAGUGCCAAUGCCUAAAUAUACACUAGUGCAUUAUUUGCUUUUGGCAGAAAUGACACGAUUACACUAACUGUUGCCAUUAAUGCUGUAAAUUAGGGAUUCAAUUUCAGCUUCAAUCCAUGAGUCUGACUUGUCAUUUUGUGAUUGUCUCUCUAUGGAACAGUUUUUGUUUUAGACUCAAACCAUGUAUGGUGAUAAUUUAAACCACCAGAUGGCGCUGUAAUGUAACAUUUUUGAAUUCCCACUUGUUUCUCAUGACAAUCUAUUUUACUCAUAAGUAAUUAUUUAAGAAGGACCGUUAACAAAACAUUGUUAUAUAGAGAAACGUGUGUGUGAAUGUGUGUGUUUAUAUAUAUCCUAUCAAGAGAUUUUGUUGCAAGACUACUUCAGCCUGUAUUGUAAUUGGGAGACUGUUUACUAUUUGUGGUCGUAUUUCAGUGGUUAUUUCGAGCCCACUUUUGAGAUUAUUAUGAUGCUCUUUUGAUCAUUUAGAAAAUGAGUGAUACUUUUGUUCAGAUAUUUCUAUUUUUGAACAGAGAUUGACAUUCCUCUAUUUUGCUUGAUACAUUUAUGGAGUUCUAGUGUUUGAAACAUUUAUUUGGUAUUAUACGAGAUAUGUUGUAUAAUAUUUACCAUUACAGUGCAUUAGGUAUAUGUCAGGUUGAAAAUAAAGCUAUAAAUCUAUAUUUUUGGUCUUUAAACCAAACCCUGGGUUAGAAUUGAGACUGCAACAUUUUUUUACUUUAAAAUAACAGUUCCGGUUUUUGAUAUACUUUCCAUAUAUAGAAUAUUGUGAAAUGUACAAUGUCAAGACAAUACAAAUUUGAAUGGA